GCCCUUCCCAGCUGGUGCUGUUCGCCUUCUCGUUCCCGACAUAGAGCAUCAUAGACUGUGCCUCUUGGGGCCUCGACGACUCCAAAAUGUCUGUGAUGCUAACAAAAUUCGAGUCCAAGAGCAACCGAGUGAAGGGGCUGGCUUUCCAUCCUACCCAACCAUUGCUCGCGGCAUCCUUGCACAAUGGCAGCGUACAGCUGUGGAACUAUCGAAUGGGUGUAUUGGUAGACAGAUUCGAGGAGCAUGAGGGCCCGGUGCGAGCUGUUGCAAUCCACCCAAGCAGGGCUCUCCUUGUUACUGGAGGCGACGACUACAAGAUCAAAGUCUGGGAUAUUCGGCCUCAGAACCGCCGCUGCCUUUUCACUUUACACGGACACCUGGACUACGUUCGGACGGUGCAAUUUCACCAUGAAAUGCCAUGGAUCCUCUCCUGCUCCGAUGACCAAACGAUUCGCAUCUGGAACAGCACUUCGCGGAACUGUAUUGCGAUUCUUACGGGACAUUCCCACUAUGUCAUGUCCGCACAGUUUCAUCCGAAAGAGGACUUGAUUGUCUCGGCGUCCCAAGACCAGACCGUGCGCGUAUGGGACAUUUCAGGCCUUCGCAAGAAUACCCCGAACAGCGCGCCUGGUACUUUCGAUACCUUCGACAAUUUUUCGACAGUGAAAUAUGUACUUGAAGGUCACGAUCGCGGGGUCAACUUCGCCACGUUCCAUCCUACGCUUCCUCUGAUCGUCUCUGCUGCCGAUGACCGACAGAUCAAAAUUUGGAGAAUGAGCGAGACAAAGGCAUGGGAGGUCGACUCCUGCAGGGGACAUUUCAACAACGUUUCAACUGCACUGUUCCACCCAAAGCACGAGCUGAUUGUAUCCUGUGGUGAAGACAAGACUGUGCGCGUCUGGGACCUGACAAAACGCUCAGCGGUCCAGACUUUCCGGAGGGAGCACGAUCGCUUCUGGAUAUUGGCGGCACACCCAGAACUUAAUCUGUUCGCGGCCGGUCACGACACUGGUCUGAUUGUCUUCAAGUUGGAGCGUGAGCGACCUGCCUUCGCCGUGCACGGGGACAUGGUCUAUUACGUUCGGGAUAAGUAUGUUCGCUCGUACGAUAUCAACACCGGCUCGGAUAUUGGCUUGCUCAGCGUUAGGAAGUUUGGAAGCCCCUAUGUACCGCCAAGGACUCUCAGCUACAACCCUGCUGAGAGGGCUGUUGUUAUCACGGUCUCAUCGGACAACGGCUUAUUCGAAUUGACUUCUCUUCCGAAGGACGCCGUCGGCGAAGUCAAAGAUUCCUCAACAGAGGGUAAGCGCGGUAGUGGACAGGCUGCUAUUUUUGUCGCUCGCAACCGCUUUGCGGUCUUGAACAAGACAACUCAGCUUAUCGAAGUUCGCGACCCUUCCAAUUCCGUGGUCAAAACCAUCAAGCCACCCGUCCAGACGAACGAUAUCUUCUAUGGGGGCACCGCCAGCUUGAUUCUGAGCUCGCCCACCUCUGUUGUGUUGUAUGAUAUCCAGCAGCAGAAGAGUAUCGCGGAGGUCACCACUCCACCGGUGAAGUACGUCGUGUGGAGUGCAGACGGAUCGCUUGUUGCUCUGCUCAGCAAGCAUACCAUCACGAUUGCGAAUAAGAACUUUUCGCAGCAUACUCUCAUCCACGAGACCAUCCGCAUCAAAUCUGGAGCCUGGGACGAUUCGGGGGUAUUUGUUUACUCUACCCUCAACCAUAUCAAGUACUGUCUUGCGCAGGGUGACCACGGAGUUAUCUGCACCCUGGAUAACCCUGUAUAUCUCACCCGCGUCAAGGGCAAGACUGUUCACUGUCUCGACCGCUCGGCUCGCCCCAGGACAAUUACUAUCGACCCGACCGAGUACCGCUUCAAGCUUGCCCUACUUCGGAACAACUAUGAGGAGAUGUUAUACAUUAUUCGCACCUCAAACCUUCUCGGUCAAAGUAUAAUCGCUUACCUGCAACAAAAGGGAUUCCCUGAGAUUGCGCUACAUUUCGUGCAAGACAAAAAUACUCGUUUUGAUCUAGCUAUAGAGUGUGGUAACCUCGACGUUGCUCUCGAGACCGCGAAAGUUAUCAACCGUCCAGAGUGUUGGGAGCGCUUGGCGCAGCAGGCGUUGAAGCAAGGCAACCAUAAGAUUGUGGAGAAAGCAUACCAGCAGACCAAGAAUUUCGAUCGACUUUCUUUCUUGUAUCUCGCCACGGGAAGUACGGAUAAGCUGUCAAAAAUGCAGAAGAUUGCCGACUCCAGAGGCGACCCUAUGUCGCGCUUCCACAAUGCGCUAUACGCGGGUGAUGUCGUGGGUCGCAUUGCUGUUCUCCGAGAUAUUGGUCUAUACCCUCUCGCCUACCUUACGGCUAAGACUAACGGAUUGGAUGACGUUGCUUUCGAGAUUCUGGAAGCGGCCGGCCUGACUGAGGCAGAUGUUGACGAUGUUCCAACUUUCGAGACCUCAACCUUGAAACCACCGCCGGUUAUUACCUCCACUACAGACAUUAACUGGCCGACAAUUUCCUCAGGCGAAAACUUCUUUGACCAUGCUCUCGCUAAUGGCAACCUGGAGGGCGGUGCGGACAUCCCGUACCUCAAUGGCCAAGAGGCAUCAGGUGCUGCUGCGUCGGCUGCUUUGGAUGCAUGGGCUAAGGAGGAGGAAGAGGAUCUCGAAGCUGAGGCAGACGGAUGGGACCUCGAUGCGGGCGCGGAGGAGGCUGAAGCUGAGGAAGCUCCUGAGGAAGCGGAAGAGAGCGCAGAGCUCGGCCCUGGUGCGUCCCCGGGUCCCGGCGAACCGGAGCUUUGGACACGCAAUUCGCCCUUCGCGGGAGAUCAUGUCGCAGCAGGCUCAUUCGAGACAGCAAUGCAGCUACUUCACCGACAAUUUGGGGUUGCCAACUUCGAAGAGCUCAAGCCUCUUUUCGUCGCCGCGUACCGAUCUGUGCAUGUAUACUUGUCCCCAGUUGCUUCACUGCCCCCGUUGCAGCUUCACGUACGAAGGAACCCAUCGGAGUCGGCCCCGAGCCGUGUCCUCCCCGCUGCUAUUUACACAAUCACUGCUAUCCGUGCUGAGAUGUCGGAAGGCUUCCGGGCUGUGUCUGGCAAUAGGCUACCCGAAGCACAGGUCGCCUUCCGUGCUGCCCUUCAGCAUCUGCUCCUUGUCCCUGUCUCCUCCGACUCUGAAGCCAAGGAGUGGCGUGACUUGGUGACAAUGGCUCGCGAGUACUUACUGGGCGUCUCCAUUGAGCUCGAGCGUCGCCGCGUUUCUCAGGAAGAUCCUGAUAAUGUCCGCCAUAGCUUGGAGCUGGCGGCAUAUUUCACGCAUUGCCAACUGCAGCCAGCUCAUCUGCAAAUCGCUCUGCGUAGCGCAAUAGGUGUAUUUGCCAAGGCAAACAACCAUGCGGCAGCGGCCAAAUUCGCUCGUCGGCUUCUCGAGCUCAACCCGGAUCCCAAGAUUGUCGCCCAGGCGAGACAAAGGAUUGCUGCCGGAGACAGAAACCCGCGCAAUGCUGUCGAAAUUUCAUAUGACGAGUUCACUGAGUUCGAGAUUUGCGCGGCGAGCUACACGCCUAUUUACAAGGGCUCGCCAGCAGUACGCUGCCCUUAUACCGACGCUGCCUACCUCCCAGAAUACAAAGGACACCUGGAUGCGCUUGUCCAGCUCACGGAGAUAGGUGCGCCCUCCUCAGGCCUGCCUGCCCCACGGCCGUGAGGGCGUUAGGACGAGCUCCAGGGUUUCUGCGACAGGGUUAUUUGUAUUACUUUUUCUGGACUUAUGGAACAGAUACACCG